UACACUCAUACACUCAUACCUACGGGCAAUUUAGACUCUCCAAUCAGCCUAACGUGCAUGUCUUUGGACUGUGGGAGGAAACCGGAGUACCCGGAGGAAACCCACGCAGACACGGGGAGAACAUGCAAACUCCGCACAGAGAGGCCCCGGCCGACGGGGAUUCGAACCCAGGACCUCCUUGCUGUGAGGCGGCAGUGCUACCCACUGCACCAUCCGUGCUGCCUAUCCCACAAACAGACAUUCAAUAUAUUUUCAGAAUUUAAUAUUUUUAUAUCUCAUUGUGUUUCAUACGCUCAUAUCAUCACACCUGUAUGAAACAUUAUGGUACAUUAUCAAUGGUCUUUUUUCCCCUUUGCCAUCUCCACAGAAAACAGGAGUGAGGAGAGUGUAUUCAAACACUCCACAACUCUCACCAACAAGCAGCGUGGGAAUGAGGUCACUGCUUUGCCGGCCACUUUAGACACUCUCUCGGUUCACCAGCUGGCUGCGAAGGGCGAGGUCACGCAGCUAGCAGGACACCUGAUCAAAGAGGGCUCUCUGGUGAACAGUCGUGACGAACGGGAAUUCACACCGCUGAUGUGGGCCGCUGCGUUCGGGGAGAUCGCGGCGAUUGAGUUUCUCCUGGAAAAGGGAGCGGAUCCUAAAGCGCUGGCUCGGGAGAGAGAGACCGCCCUGUCGCUGGCCAGCUCUGGGGGCUACGCCGACAUCGUCAGCAUCCUGCUGAAACAUGGCGUGGACAUAAACACAUACGACUGGAAUGGAGGAACCCCUCUCCUCUAUGCAGUGCGGGGAAACCAUGUAAGAUGUGUGACUACCCUUCUAGCUGGGGGUGCAGAUCUGACAGUGGAGGCAGACUCAGGGUACAGCCCCAUGGACCUGGCUGUGGCUCUUGGACACAAGAAGGUCCAAAAGGUGAUUGAGGAGCACAUUCUGACACUGCUGAAGCAAAAGGCCUGAAGCAGGACCGUGAGGCCAGGAGGGAGUGUGUCCUCCCCUGUGUGAGAACGUCCUCAGCUGGGCUGCCCGGAUGAAGGGAGAGCCUCCGCCGGCCCCUACACGACCACCGCAAUGCACUAUGGGUAACGACGGAGGCCUGGAGCAGGCGUCUCUCAGAUGAAGGCCUGGGGCAGGCGUCUCUCAGACGACAUGGAGAAGCCCCAAAUAUUCCUUUUCAGCAGGGACAGGCAUUUCAAUGUUUGCACUAGUACUAAUGUAAAUAUAUUUUUUUAUGCAUGUAUUAUAUAUAUAUUUGGGAUCAUUUUGGGGGGUUGGAACUCUCUUACAGAGAAGGAAACCCCGGUACACUGUUGAAUGAUUGUACAUUUCUGACUGAAAAUGAAAUCCAGGUCCACUGAUGAAAAGGCAAAACGAAUAAAGUGACAAUGGAGGAGAAAAGGGAA